GCCCGAAAUAAGAGUGACGUACUAAGUGCAUCGGCACUGCGCGCUGAGCAGCGUAGCUGUCAAAUAAUACUUUUCAGGAUUACAUCCACUGAGCGCUUGACAACAUUAGUCAAAAUGAGCUAUUAAAGCCAUCAACCCUCAGGUUUUCAUGGCCGCAGAGGAGAACGAGUGUCCCGGGUUGUCCCGUCAGAACUCUGAGACCAUGAGGUCAUGGGAGCUGGAAUCCAUUCUGACCAAUCGCACGCUGCGCUUUGUGUUGCGGUUAGAGCAACAGUUCAUCUGCCCGUCCUGUUGCGGGAUCGUCCUGAACCCUCACCAGACGGGUUGCGGGCACAUCUUCUGUGCUCAGUGUGUGAGGGCUUACGUUGAAAAUGGAGGAAGUUCAAAAUGUCCUAUAGACAGCAUUCCUAUAAAACCAGAGGAGGUUUUUCAAGACAACUGCUGUAAACGCGAACUGCUAAACUUAGAGGUCUACUGCACCAACGCCCCAGACUGCACACAGAGGGUUACCUUAUGUAACCUUCAGGAUCAUCUAAAAGCUUGUCAGUACGAGCGAAUUAGAUGUUCAAAUAUAGGGUGCAAUGAAACUGUGACACGCAAAAACCUAAUGGACCAUCAGAGGAACGUCUGCUCCUUCCGUCUGGAGUCCUGCCACCAUUGCAAACAUUCAUUCCCCGUAUCUCAACUGCUGGUCCAUCAGAAGACUUCAUGCCCUGAAUUUGAAAUCCCAUGUCCCAACAAAUGUCUUCAGAUGAUCAAAAGACUGAAGCUGCAAGCUCAUGCUGAUGAGUGCCUUGAAGUGGAGACUGACUGCAUUUAUAAAAACUAUGGCUGCACGUUCAAAGGUAAAAGAGGGAAAGUGAAAGUUCAUGAAAACACAGAGUUCAGUUCCCAUGUUCGGCUGGUUCUGGAAAGCAACACCAAACUUGAGAAACAGGUGGAACAGCUGCAGCAGGAUAUGUUAGUCCAGCAGGGGGCGCUGAAGGACAAAAGUCUUGUGGUCAGCAAUUUGGACCGGGAUAUCACCCUGUGUGACAGCACACUUACUACCUUACAGAGAUCUGUGGAGGAGCAGAGAGUGCGGAUCUGCAGUGUUCAGCGUGAACUGAGGGAUCUGCGGGGCGUUCUGGGGUCUGAAUUGAGCGAAGAGCUCCCGAGCCUUCGGGCAUCACUGGACUCCCUCAGACAGCAGGUGGCCGUCACAGAAAGCCUCAGGGAACACCUGGGUGCAUUAGAGCAGACGUGUCAACGUCAUACUCGUUUGUUAGACAUCCACGUGGAGCAGCUGCAGUGUAAUGAGCAACGUUUCCGCCAGCUGGAAUCCACUUCCUACGACGGGAAGCUCAUCUGGAAAGUGCGUGACUACUGGCACCGGAAAGAGGCCGGCACCCCCCUCAACUCGACCCCCUUCUACACCAGUCGUAGCGGCUACAAGCUCAGCGUGCGGGCCUACCUCGGCGGGGACAACUCAGGGAGAGGCACUCACUUGUCGCUCUACAUCACAAUAAUGCGCGGAGACUUCGACUCACUGUUACCGUGGCCGUUCAGACAGAACAUAACGUUAACAUUACUGGAUCAAAGCGGCUCUAGGAACCACCAGAGCAAUACUUUCACCCCCGAUACCAGCAGUGACAGCUUUCGUCGGCCAACGUCUGAUGCUAAUGUGGCCACAGGUUUCCCAAGAUUUAUAUCCCACGGCGAUCUGGAGGCCCCACGGAAUGCCGUUUAUGUGAGAGACGACACACUUUUCAUCAAAGUAAAGGUGGACACAACUGGAUUAGAGGACUUGUAGCAUGAAUUUUGACUGUAAGAAAAAUGAAUUGUCCCAGAAGUCACUGUAGUGUCAUAAUAUCCAGCUGAAGACAUUUGUUGUAGUAACACUGGUUAUGUUUACAUGCACAGAUUUUCAUUAGUCUGAAUCAUUUGAAAACAAAUGAAGGUGUUGAAUGUAUUGCUCAUAUGUGCCAUAUUUAUGAAAAUAUCAGUCUGGAUGUGCAUAAAUGAAAUUAUGCACAUGAGAAAAGUGUCAGGUAUUACCAAAACGCCCGAAACAGUCAUUUUUUGCAAUUGUGAUGACUACUGCUUAUUUCAAGCUAAGAUCUGUGUCUGCCUAAUGAUCGUUGUCUUAUUAGAGUGAGUGGGGCAGAUCGUAGCGCACUUGUCCUGCAACAUGUUGAACCAUACAGACCUGGGUUCAAUUCUGGCCCUGUUUUUAAUGUUUUCUAGUCUAUCCCCAUCUCUCUUUGCACUGCUUUUCAGUCAAUAAAGAAAAUCAU